GUAGGAACUCAGGAAGGUAGAUCGAUUAGGAAGAUCAUCAUAAUAACUUAAUGUGAAAAGACAACAAUGUACUACACAUGCAUGGAACUGUGAUGAAAGUUUAAAAAGAUAGUUAUGGCUGCAAAGUAUGUUGCAAGCAACGAUAGCGACGUGGAAGAAUUAGACAUUGGUCAGCAAAAUGAAAAGUCAGAGGAGAAAGAAAGAUACCCCUUGCAUAUUUACUCUGAGGAGGAUUUUGUAGAUUCAUCACAAUUUAUGGAAUCUGGUGUACCGAGCAAAAUCUCGGAUGAAGAAUAUAAUUAUGUUCAUAGUCAUCGAGGUUACAGAUGUACAGAAUCAAGGGGACGGCCAGGUAUGCACAGGUCAUCAAGAAGAGGUUAUAAAUCAGUAGGUCAUGCACAAUCAACUCACGGUCGAUAUGAGAAAGAACUUCAUAACCACCGUGGACUUAAUGAUCGGGGUCGAGGGCGUUCUCAGGGGCGGAGAAAUUUCAGGAGAUUCCCAUUUUACAAUCAAGACGAAGAGAAAUGGACAGACAACGAAAAUGCUGAUGAAAAUUUAAAUGAGGGAAAGACGCACAAUCAAGUACAAAUCCGUAGAAUGGGCUACAAAAGACUGAAAGACUUAGACAGUUCAUCAAGGAAUGCUGACGAAAUUCUUGUAGCUUUAGUUACAAAGAGAAAUGGAUUUAGUUCUCUUUUAAGUCAGAAAUUAAAACCAGAUUGGAUGAUAUUGGUAAUUUCACUUCUUGUGAAAUCGUUCCGAUCCGAAAAACAUCAAACAAAGCUGGAACUUGUGGCUCUAUUAGAUACAUCGAAUUUCAUAAUGGUUAAUCUUCUCCUUUUCCUUGGAGAGAUAGAACUUGAGCAAAUAAAGUUACAAGACAUUGAAUUUUCUUCUUUAAUGGAAAACGUCUGUUCGUUGACCCAAACAUUAAUUCAACGAAUGCAAAGCCAUGUAUCUCAGUGGAGCAUUUUAAUAGAAUAUUUAGAUAGAGUAGUGGACAAAAAUUCUGACAGAAUCCUUCAUUACAAACCCGAGGUCAUUACAAAUAUGAAAGAAUUUAAAGCUGUAAAAGAUGGGAUUCAAAAAGGCGAUUAUAAAAAGACGAUAACAAUACCAGAUGAUGAUAGUGAAUCACUAAAACCACCUGAAGACUUCAGAGAACUCUCCGUCCUUCCCGAAAUGAAAGAUUUUGAUUUCAAUGAAAAGCCCUUUCUAAGGGCUAACAAAAUAAAAGGUGGAUAUGAAAAUUUGGACCAUUACUUGGAUAUUCAGUUUAGAUUGCUUCGAGAAGAUUUUUUACGGCCAUUGCGAGAUGGAAUAAAGGAAUACAAAAAGCAAUCAGUGUCCAAAAAUCUUCGCAAAAAAGUUGGAGAUGUGAGAAUUUAUACUAACGUUCAGAUAGUGCGCCCAGUGUGUAGAGAUGAGGGCAUCGCACAUUUGAUACGUUUAGAUAUGACAAAGCUUAGAAAUGUACGGUGGGAAUCUUCAAGAAGAUUAAUGUAUGGGGCACUACUGUGUUUGUCUCAAGAUGGUUUCCAAAAUAUUCUUUUUGCAAGUGUUACAGAUCGUAAUGAGAGAAUGUUGGAAAAUGGCGAAAUAGAAGUCAAGUUUCAAGAAAAAGAUCUAAGCAAUGUUGAAAAAGCAACAGCAAAUAACUUGUUUGUUGUGGCUGAAACCACUGCAUACUUCGAAGCUUACAGACAUGUACUGGAGGGCAUGAAAGAAAUAACACAAGAAAUGCCAUUUCAAAAGUAUAUUGUACAUUGUCAAGCAAACGCAAAGCCUCCCAAAUAUCUUUUGUCUUCAGGCGUUUUGCUUUAUGACUUUUCAACUCUCCUUCAAAGAGAAGACGCUGAUAAGAUACCUGUAGACAUUUCUUGUUCCGAAAUUAAAAGCAGAGAUCGAUUUGAGAUUCCAAUACUCAGUACAUCAAAAUGGCCUUCCGCAGAGACAUUACAUUUGGAUCAUUCGCAACAUAAAGCUCUUCAGUUAGCUUUAACUAAAGAAAUCGCAUUGAUCCAAGGUCCCCCAGGGACCGGAAAGACUUUCCUUGGAAUGAAAAUUGCACAAAUGUUAUUAUUUAAUAGAGAUAUUUGGGCUGAAAAGGAAAAACAAGAGCCAAUUUUGGUAGUUUGUUAUACUAAUCAUGCACUAGACCAGUUUCUUCUUGGCAUAAAAAAAUAUACCAAAAAGCUUGUUCGAAUUGGUUCUCGAUCAAAAGUUCCGGAACUUGAAGAGUACACUUUAACUUCGUACAGAAAAAAGGCAAAAUAUGCGCGAAUUUUAUCACAGGCCGUCUAUGACAGAAAAAUUAUAUUUGACAUUUGGGUUAACCAAAAGUUGGACGCCGACGACGACGACGACGACGGAAUCUAUGGUCGCUAUGUCUCGCUUCGCGACAUUCGUCGCAGGCGAGACAAAAACGACUGUUAUCACGAUAUGGAAGACCACCGGAAAGCCAUUGAAAGUGUAAGCAGAAAAAUCAAAAGUGUAAAACUAGGCAUUCUUUCCAUCGAAGAAUUGGAAGCUGUUGUUUCCAAAAAACAUUUUGCAGAAUUAAAAAAAGAAAACGGCACUUCCAUUGAUGAAUGGUUAGAAAUUGAUAGAGAGAUGUCCCUCCUCAAGAGCUUUGGUAAAGGAACUGAAGAAGAAAAAGCUCUGAGGAAGAAAUAUGACAUACUGAUACAGUGGGAACAGGAACUAAUCAGAGGCAAGAAAAUCAACCCCAUACCAUUGAAACUACUCAACCGUUAUCAAAAUCCUUGGCGAUUAAAUUUAAGACAAAGGGGGAGUCUUUUCAAAGCUUUAUUAUCAGAAUUUAGGGCGGGGGUGAAAAGGCAUUUGGACAUAAUUCUCAAACAAUACAACAAUGCACUUAAUCAUCAUCGCAUGCCGUUUGCACAAGUUGAAAUGACCAGGUGUGUUCAAGAAAUCAAUUAUUCAAUAGCCAUUUUACACGCGAGUGAAAAAGAAAUUAUAGACGAAGAAGUCAUGAAAUCAUUUGUCCAUCCUUUUCUGGGUAAACUGAUUACGGAGAUACAGAGGUAUGCACAGUCUUCAAAGGCUUUCUUUUUGUGGCUAUGUUUUGAUGGAUCAACAGAGAGCUGCAAUCGUAUCGCUGAAAUAUUUGAGGGGAAAAUAAUUGAAGACAGUGAAAGCGAUGACGAGGAUUUUGAUGACCGCAUUAUUGAUGAAGACAACCCACACAGAAGUAACACUGACUGGAGGACAAAUGAAAUUGAAUCUCCAAUGACGACUAUUCUUUCAAAAGCAUCUGUAGAAAUUCUCUCAGAUAAUUUAAACCUUUCUGAAAGGUCUACAUGGAUGGAACAUAUUUUCAAACAACAUAUUCGAAUAAAACUCAAAAAGGUUUUGACCUGCAGUGAUGCGAUGACAAAAAACGAAAGUGAAGACAUUGAAGACGUUUGGGAUCUAUCUUUAGACGACAGAAGAAGAUUAUAUAGAUAUUGGGUUGAUCAGUACAUAAUUGCAAAGAAACAAUCAAUAAAAGAAACUGAACAAGAGUACAACGAAAAAUGUAAAGCUUACAAAGAAGCUCUAGAUUUGGAAAGUGUUGAAAUAAUGGCAGGAGCCGACGUUCUUGGUUUGACAACAACCGGGGCCGCGAAAUUUCGGAGUAUUCUGCAGUCCAUUAAACCCAAAAUCAUUAUUGUUGAAGAGGCAGCAGAAGUGCUGGAGUCACAUAUUGUUACCACUAUCAACUCUGAAUGUCAACACAUGAUUCUUAUUGGGGACCACAAACAACUGAGACCUACACCUACUGUUUAUAAAUUAGCAAAACAAUACAACCUUGAAAUAUCAUUAUUUGAAAGAAUGGUUACUAAUGAGUUGAAUUUUGUCACUCUGAAUUUACAACACAGAAUGCGCCCAGAAAUUUCUGUUCUUAUGAAACACAUAUAUCCAGAAUUAAAGGAUCAUCCGUGUGUUCUUAAUUAUGAUAGAGUACGUGGAAUUACAUCAAAUUUGUUUUUUAUUGACCAUGAUGAACCCGAGGAGAAAAACCUCGAAACAAAAAGUCGGUCAAACUUGCAUGAAGCUAAAUUUGCGAAAAGAUUAUGCAGAUAUUUACUAGAUCAAGAUUAUCAACCAGAGGAUAUUGUUAUUCUCACACCAUAUACAGGUCAGGUGUUAGUUUUGAAGCAAGAAAUACCUAAACAUGAAUCUGGAGGGGUAAAAAUUACAUCAGUGGACAAUUUUCAAGGAGAAGAAAGUGAUAUCAUCAUUCUAUCUUUGGUGAGAAGCAAUGAAGAACAUAAAGCUGGAUUCUUAAAGAUAGACAACAGGAUAUGCGUUGCUCUCUCAAGGGCUCGAAAAGGCUUAUUUGUCAUUGGCAAUUUUAGUGUUUUUGAAGAAGAAAGUGAAUUGUGGCAGAAAAUUAUUGGUAUGGUCAAAAGUGAAGAUAAGUUUGGAAAAGCAUUGAAGCUGAGAUGUGAAAAUCAUUCGGAUUUCAUCUGCUGUGUUCAAAGUGAUACAGAUUUUGACAAAAUGCCUUUAGGUGGCUGUGGAAAGCCUUGCAAUAUAUACCUACAAUGUGGCCACCAGUGCUUGCAAAAUUGUCACAAUAAAGAUCCAGAACAUAAGACGUAUAAAUGCACACAGCCAUGUAAUAAAACAAUUUGCCAGCUGGGGCAUAUAUGCAAAAAACAAUGUUUUAAGGACUGUGGAAAAUGCAUGGAACUUACCAGGAAACCAAUGAAAACUUGUCAGCACGAAAAUAUAAUGCCUUGUUCCGAAGAUGUUUCUGAUUUCAAAUGUAUGCAACUUUGUAAUCAAAUGCUUCCCUGUCAGCAUACUUGUCAAGGAAAAUGUGGGGAAUGCAAUCAAAUGAAAGAACAUCGUCCAUGUGAAGAAAUAUGCAGAACAGUACUUAUUUGUGGACAUACCAUGGAAGGUCCGUGUUUCCAAAUCAGAGCUCGCCCAUUGUGCACAGAGAAAUGCAAUGUGAUUCUUUUGUGUGGCCAUGCUUGUUCGGGGGCGUGUGGGGAGUGCAUGGAAGGUCGGCUACACAUACAAUGCCAACAAACCUGUGGAAAAACACUUAUAUGUGGACACAUUUGCAAGCAAAAGUGUGUGGAAGGAUGUCCAUCAUGCAAGAAAAAAUGCGAGUUUUCAUGCCGCCAUACAAAUUGCACCAAAAUUUGUGGGGAUAUUUGCGAUCCAUGUGAAAGACGAUGUGCAAGGGGAUGCAAGCAUGCCAAAUGCAUUAAGCAUUGCAACGAAAAAUGCAGUAUCCUUCCAUGUACAUUUCCUUGUGUAAAGGUCAGAGAAUGUGGUCAUCAAUGCCCUGGACUUUGUGGAGAAAAAUGUCCCCCUUACUGUAAAAUUUGCGACAACGUAUGCGUCAUGCAAUCGACAGGACAACAAUGUUGCCUUGAAGAACACGAACAAAUAAUUACGUUAGACAGUUGUGGGCAUACGUUUGAAGCACAAACUUUAGAUAACUACAUAUUCAAUAAAGAAAAGAGGCCAUAUAGCAUUCUUGAUGUUAAAACAUGCCCUUCAUGUGAAAAACCGGUAAAUGGAACAGACAGGUAUAAAAGUGUUUACGAGGAGAGUAGGAAAAAUAUUGUAGAAAUAACCAAAUAUUUAAAUGAAAAACUUGCUUACAGUAAUUUCAAAGGUGAACAUCAGAGAGUACUGAAAAUGUCCAAGUCCUUAGGAGAAACUGACGAAACUGUUAAAAGAAUUAUUUUACCAUUAGUAAAAGAAAAAACAUAUGUCCCAGGGUCUCACCAAAUACAGCUUGCCUUGAUACAAAUUGAAAUUUUAUCAGCUGUACAUAAAAUUCUUCAGCUCAUGUCUGGUUCUGUCAUUGAAGGAACCAAAGAAGAGAAACACGUGGCAACAAAACUUUAUGUUAUUCGGGAUUGGCUGUUGAAAAGCGUAGAAACACGAUAUGAAAAAGGACAGAAACAUCACAUUGUUGUUGACAGAUCUUGCUUUACCAAACAAGAAAUACAAAAUGUCUCCUCUAUUCUAAAAGAACUUGUCUAUUUGGUAGAGUUUUUAUUGUUAUCAAAUUCCGAAUCCUUGUCUGGAGAAAACAUUUACAUGAUUACAUAUGGAUCAAAAAUACGUCCAUUUCUGGCUGGAAAGUCGCCAUUAGAUGACGAGUUAAAAAAGAUUUUAAAUCUUAUAGCUAUAAAGAGUGGAAACGAAAUUGUGUGGGGUGAAACCAUAACAAAGAAUAUAGAGAGCAGCUUCGCCAAUUCUUUUAAAGCUACAUGGGAAAAGGGUGUUUGGUUCAAAUGUAAAUAUGGACACAUUUCGCAUUUACCAAACGGCAAAGGUAAGUGUGGUUCCUGCAAUAUAAAAAUUACUACGGUUGUAAGUCUUAAAGGACCCAAUACUGUGCCGACCUUGUCUAUCGCUGGAGAAAUUGGAAAAAUCUGGAAACCUUCAGCGCAGAGUUACAGGGAUGAUCAAAACCGUAAGGAUAAAAAAGGAUUCAAAGGACAAUCAAAACAAAUGAACAGAGACUCCCACAGAGGUGUUCAAGACAGGCAACAAGCAAAGCGAUUAAAUUACAGGGAAGCAAAGGAAAGUGAUGCGACCCAAGAUACGCUGAAAGAAAAAAAUAUUGAACUGAAAAUGGACCCAGCUAUCAUUAAAAGAUGUGAUAAAGGUCAUAUUAUGCGGACAGAUGAAUCAACCUGCACAUACUGCAACCCUCAAAGAUCCAAAGCAUGGGCAGAACAAUACAAGUCUUGGAGUUGAAUUAACAGUUAAAUUAACGGUAUAGAAUGAAAAAGAUAGUGACUUUGAUGACGAACUGUUGUUGACAAUAAGCAAAAUAUUUAAUAUAUUGUUUUUAGUUUUAAAUCUUCAAUGAUUAUUGAUUUUAAAAGAACCUUUAGCAUUUUGUAUAAGUAAUUUUGAGCUUGAAUACUGUUCGAUAUCUCCAUGCCAUAUUUAGUUUUUACUCUAGAAUUGCGGCACAAAAGUUCCUCCUUACGACGCGAUUUCCAAUCUACCAUGCGACGUAGAGACUGAAAGACUUUAGUUAUGAUUUUUGAAAAUAUGUUAUAAAAGCACUUACAAUUGUUUAAAAAGUUUUGUGAUUGCUUUGAUUUAUUUAUACUCUGAUAUCUGA